CUUGUCUAAGUUGAUUUCAUCCGAAGGGGAGGAGUUGGUUCGACGGAGUGGAGCGUGAAACAGAGACGAGGAGACUCCCCGCGUCGCUGGAGUCUAUUGGGGACGAGGAGAUUCCCGUCGUCCCUGCCGGAAUCAUCCGUCUGUUCUGGCCGUCGCAAGGCCAAGGUGGUGCGCCGCUGCUCUACCGUCGCCUGGCCGAGAGACCACGAAUCGGCCGAGGGGUCCGUGAUUUGGGGCCACUCGGAACCAGGAACGACGUGGUGGGACUUCUCCGGCCGAUGGUCCGCUCAUUUGACCGAUGCGGUCCAGCCCGGACGAUGCGGUCCAGUCCGGACGAUGCGGUCGCUUGACGGGGUGGCCUUGUUGUGGCCGAUGCGGUGCUGGCUGAAGCGGUGCCGGCCGAUACAGUGCCGACGAUGUGGUGCCGGACGAUGCGGUGCCGGACCAUGCGUGCUCAGCCGAUGAAGUAUUGGCGGAUGAAGUGCCGGCCAAUGAAGUGUAGUCCGCCGAAAGUGUUGAUGGGUUGCUUAGUUGCUUGGCUGAUUGUGUUGCCGGCCGAUGCGUGCCCAGCCGAUGAAGUAUUGGCGGAUGAAGUGUUGGCCGCCGAUAGUGUUGAUGGCUAAUGCAAUUGCUGGCCGAAGCGCGCAGUUGUGGGCCGAUGGGAAGUUUCCCUUUAUUGUUUAGCCGACGGGAUGCACAGGUGACCGAUGAUGCACAUGAGUACUCUGUUGAGCCAGUCUUUGGCCGAGGACCUGCCAUCCCAGAUUGCUUGGCCGAAGCGGGAAUUCUGGCCGUAGGUGCCCCAUUGGGGCGCCCCUCUUUUGGUUCCCUUUUGUACACUUCAGCCGAGGCGGGGCCGAUGAGAUGCGGCCGACGAUGUAUGCUGCCGAAGCGGGUGCCGGCUGAAGUGGCGUUGACCGAGGCGGUUGCUUAUGCAGUUUCUGGCCGAUGAAGAGCGUUUGAGCGCCGGUGGAGACAAGGGGCCGCUGCCAGUUGCUUUACUUUGAGCCGUGGUGGCAUUUGGCCGCUGUGUGCCGGCUGGGGUUACUCUGAGCGGAUACGCCUUGGAGACUAACAUUCCCCUUUGUUGUUCUCAUUUUUGUUUGCCUUGGCUGAUGUGGAACACUUAGCUGUUGAGGGCGGACGAAGGGAAGCCUGGUGGGGAUCGUAUCAUCCUCCAGUUCCUUCCUCUGUAUUUCACUUUGACUGGCUGAGCAAGCUCUUGACCGAGGAGAUGAGAUGGACUUGGCAGUA